CGUGAGAGAGGGAGAGUGUAAUAUUUAAGAAAAUGUCUGGAAUAUGAUGUUUCCUGAACGACACUUCUCUUUCUAUCAAGAAAAGUUAAGUAUAAACUGUAGAAGAGAAAUAAGCAUAUUAUUAAUACUUUGCGUACAGAUUUUGGCUACAUAAAUAAAAUAAAAUAACGUUACACAGAAAACUAUAUCAAAUGGUUGUCGUCUAUAUAACUUAAUAGGUUAAAAAGCCUAUUGUGAGAAAAACUAAACCAUAAACUCUAAAGUUUUCAAAACAACAAAACCUCUUUGAAGUAACAACCAUGGAUUCAAUCGACUAUCCUCCUCCCCCUUCUCAGCCCCUAUGCUAUAAUGUACGAACCCGAAACCUAGAAGGUCGAUUCCGCAAAACAGAACUUGGUGAUGAAUCUUAUUUCAUAAUCGACAGUUCUUGUUACCUCUCUGAUGCAAGAGAAGACGAAAAGUCUUUACAUCACCAUCUUCAGCUUCUCCUCCGGUGCAACAAUGAAGAAUCCAAACAAAAUGACUUCAGGUGCGAUGCUUGUCACCAAUACAUGUACAAUCGGUACAAUCUAUUAUCGUUGUAAUGGUUGUUACUAUCGUUUCCAUAAAGAGUGUGUCGAGUCCCCUGCUAUUUUCAUAUCCCCUUAUUACCCAAAAUAUCCUCUCCAACUUCUCCAAAUGGUUAGUACGUCUAUUACAGCGAGAGUUCCUAAAACAAAGAAAUGCCAUUCUUGUGGCAUACGACUUGGACGUUUAAUUUACUAUUCUUACAUUUAUGAUCUUAUUUUGGAUCCUAUUUGCGCACAAAGAAGGGAAUUUUCUGUUAUAAAUAAUCGAAAGAGACAUGAGCAUACCCUCCACUAUUUCCCUAGAAAAGUCUCGCUCAAUUGCGAUAUUUGCGGAUCAGAUGAUAACAAAAUUUGUUUCUACAUUUGUCACCAAUGCAGUUUUGUUGUCCAUAGAACGUGUGUCAACUUACCAAAUGUCAUACAAAUAUCUCGUCACAACCAUCGUCUCUUUUUAAAUUCUUCACUUUCUUCUGAAAAAUGGUCAUGCGGAGUUUGUCGUCAGAAGAUUGAUCGAAACUAUUGGGAAUACUCUUGCUCAAAGGGUUGUGCUUAUGCGGUACAUUGUAAAUGUGCGAUGCAAGAUGAUGUAUGGGAUGGGAAAGAAUUGGAAGACCAACCAGAAGAAGUAUACGAUAAUAUUAAGUCGUAUGAAGAGAUAGGUGAUGGGAUUAUAAACCAUUUUUGUCAUCCGCAUCAUAACAUGAGAUUUAAUGAAGAUUUCGGCAAGAUCUAUUAUGAAAAGAAGCAGUGUGAGGCAUGCUUACUUCCUCUCUAUGAUGGUAAUAGCUAUAGAUGUAUGCAAUGUGAUUUUAAUCUCCAUGAAGAAUGUGCAAAUCUUCCCCGCAGAAUACAAAAUAUGGUGCAUGCCCACCAAUUUAUUCUACGACCGGGUUAUUUUAACGAGGGUUUCUUUUGUGAAUCUUGUCAUCGUUACUCAUGUGGUUUCAGAUAUAACUGUUGUGAAGGGUGCAACACGAGUUUGGACGUAAGGUGUGCUUCUCUAUAUGAACCAGUCCAUCAUCAAUCUCAUCCACAUCCUUUGUUCCUACUCUAUACGAGAACAACUGAAGAACCUUGUUUGAUAUGUGGUGAAGUAUCCUAUCUACUUUUGAAUUGUGUUAAAUGUUUCUUUGCUUUGUGUUUUUGUUGUGCCACUCUACCAUACAAGGUUAAGCAUGAGGGUGAUGAACAUUUUCUUACCCUAUCGUAUGAAAAUGUUGCAAUGUACCCCCAUUGGUGUGAAGUUUGUGAGGAAAAGAUGGAUCCAAAGAAAGGAUAUUACACGUGUAGUGAAUGCGGAACCACAAUUCAUAUUCAAUGUAUACUAGGUAAUGAUCCCUAUAUGAAGCCGGGACAAAUAACCACCACCUUCUAUGGAUUAAGGAUUGAUAUUAUUCCUAACAAUCGUCUCAUUCGCCCCAUCUGCAAUCACUGCCAAAGACGUUGUCAAUACAAAAUAAUAUUCAGAAAAUAUGGAAAGAUAUAUUGUUCAUCCUCAGAGAUUCUCGGACUUGAGAAAUGGUGUAUCGGACUUGAGUAAAGGUUACUUACAACACACUAUUGGCACAUAGAGGACUGAAAAUACAUCAAGAAAAACUAAGUUAUGGGUUCUAAGUUCCAUUCUUGUGAUUACAGUAAGACUAUCAUUCUUAUAACAGUUUGAUAGUAGAUCUUGUUAUUGCAAUUAUGCCCAAGAUCUGAUCGUUAUGAAAAAAACAUAUUUACAGUGUAAUUUAAUAUAUAAAUUAAUAAAAUUGUAAACAUUAUAUAUGAUCAUAUUACGUUUAUAAU